ACGCAUUGACUUUCCCACCGUACGUAUCCUGCAAAGAAAGUGAUCGAAGUAGAGCCACGCUACAUUGCAUUUCGUGUUGUGUUGGGAUUUACAGAAGAAUAUAGGAAUGAGUAGGAAAUGUAACGUGUCAUGGGUAAAGCCUGGAGAGCCGGCUUUUCUGACGAAGUUUAAAAAUGACGUUGGUUACAAAGAAGGGCCGACUGUGGAUACGAAGAGACAGGACCUGCCUGUUGUAGAGGACAGUGGAGACAGCGAUCGGGAGGACGAACUGCCCCAGGUGGUGGUUCUGAAGAAGGGAGAUCUGUCUGCAGAGGAAUUCAUGAAGAUUAAAACUGGCACAGAAGGAAGCUCAAAAGAGGUUGCAGAAGUAGACGCCCCUGCAGGUGGUAAGAUCAUGUUCAGGAAGCCUGUCAAGCGUUCUGCAAACACAUUUCAAGGCAUCACAGCGUCUUCAAGCAAAAAGAAAAAGGGUAACGAAAAGGAGAGCGGUGACUCCAAAACCACCACGGAGAACCCACAGAAGAAAGUGAAAAAUAGCAGCCUGCUUUCCUUCGGGGACGAUGAGGAGCAAGACUAGCUCGCCUUCAAGACUGGUGUCUUGCCCUGUAGCAUUUUGAUGAGCUUGACUAUUGAAAGUUUAAUGUGUUUUUGACAUAAUCGGUGAAUAAUUGGCCCUAGUAACUCACUGAUAACUGGUUUCACAGACCCUGAUUGAUAUUUGGGUGUAGAAACUAAUAAUAUCAAUUUCCCACCCUUAAUUGACACCAGUAUCCAUCACUGCUUCCUUAUCAGUUUUAAUUGCAUUAUUCAUGUCUCAAGUUUUCUUAACUCUGAAAGUACCAAAAGUGAUAACAUUUUUAUUAGAAAUGAGGCAGUAAAAUGAUCUUAUGCCUAAUACUAGCAUUACAUUUUAUAGUACUGUUUUAGAAUGUGGACCACUUGUACACUAAGUUUGCCAGAUAAGUUAAGACACUGCAGUAGAUGGGAAUGUGUGCUGACAAGCAGGUUGUUGUCAGAUGGACACUAUUAUGAAAGACGUGCAUUUUAUAAAUGGUCCCUUUGGAAACAUAGUUGCAAACAGUAAACUGAAAAAUGAUAAGAUUCUGUUAACAUACCAUGCAUAGGCACAUCUUCAAGGUGAACGGAGGGCUUUUAAUAUUCAGCUCAUCGGAUGUAAAUACGUGUAAAGCUUCUAAAGUCACUGGGGAGAUAUUAUACAUGAGGAAUUAUGCAACAUGAAAUGUUUAAAUGUGUUUUUUGUAUUUUAAAAAUCUUGAUUUUGUGAUGUGUGUGUGUUUAUUUUUUUUAUUUUUAUUUUGUUGCGACAUGAGUAAUAAAGAAGCCUAAUUUUACAAUCCUGAAUUUGGAUUAGGAGAAAUAGAAGCAAAUGCUAUUGGCAAGCGUCUCUGUGGGUUUUAGGUGUAACAGAACAAAACAGGUUAAUGUUUCUGUGUCAGGUAAAAUGUCCUCAGGUUAAUAGGACAAGCUGACAUUUAAUACUUGCAUAUGUAUGUUGAAACUAAUAUUAACUUCCAUUUUAGGGCAUCUGAUUAAUUUCCCUAACUUUUGAAUACAUUUGUAAGUUGUUAUCUGUGGAAUGUGGUUUGAAGUCGGCCAAGGACAGCAUAAUAUCAGCUGGUAGUUGUUAGGGUUAAAGAAACUUCUUGAACAUUCUAGAACAAGUAGGAUAUACAAAGAGGCUCAGUCUGAGAGCUUGUGAGCAGAACUUAUGAGCUGCCUGUGGAAAUACUGUCCUAGGUCAUCGUGCUCCUGGAUAUUUGGGUGAGGAUCUUGAAUCUUCUCUUAUCUGUAAUCGCUGCUUGCUUUAAUAAACAAUGCAAUUGAUUUGACUUAGAGAGCGAUCCCUGGUAUCUAUUUGUGUUUAUUAAUUGGUUUGCAACAUAGCUCAUUAGGUUACAGGUCUGAAUGUAUGUAACCGUUAAAUGGACAUGGUGUAAAUUAAAAACAAAAAGUUAUUA